UGCUGUCCUCGCCGUGCACGCGCGUGGUACCCACGGUCGUGAGGAGGAGGAGGAUGUUGCGCGUGAAGGGGAAAUGGCUGCCGAAAACAAGCCGGAAGGACUGAAGAAAGUUCGUAAUCCGGAUCGAAUGUACAGAUCAGCAGUGUGUUAUGCUGGCCAUGGUCCACCUAAGAGUAUCAGUGAUGACACAGAGAUGAACAAUGAACAUGGACAUUUGAAAAUAUACCUGCCCAAGAAGCUGCUUGAAUGUCUACCAAAAUGCACCUCGCUGCCAAAGGAGAGACACCGGUGGAACACUAAUGAGGAGAUCGCAGCUUACUUGAUAACAUUUGAAAAGCAUGAAGAAUGGCUAACGACAUCCCCUAAAACAAGGCCGCAGAAUGGGUCGAUGAUACUGUACAAUAGGAAGAAGGUGAAGUACAGGAAGGAUGGCUACUGCUGGAAGAAGAGGAAAGACGGGAAGACCACACGGGAGGAUCACAUGAAGUUGAAAGUGCAGGGAGUUGAGUGUCUGUAUGGCUGCUACGUCCACUCCUCCAUCAUCCCCACCUUCCACCGCAGGUGCUACUGGCUGCUCCAGAACCCUGAUAUUGUGCUCGUCCACUAUUUGAAUGUUCCAGCCAUUGAGGAUUGUGGGAAGCCAUGCGGUCCCAUACUGUGCUCCAUCAAUACAGACAAGAAGGAGUGGGCCAAGUGGACCAAGGAGGAGCUUAUCGGUCAGCUCAAGCCCAUGUUUCAUGGCAUCAAGUGGACUUGCAGCAAUGGGAACAGCAGCUCUGGCUUCUCAGUGGAGCAGCUAGUGCAACAGAUUCUGGACAGCCACCAAACUAAGCCACCUCCCCGGACUCACAACUGCCUCUGCACGGGCACCCUGGGUGCAGGGAGCAGCGUGCACCACAAAUGCAACAGCGCCAAACACCGCAUCAUCUCCCCCAAAGUGGACCCCCGCUCAGGUGGUUACAGCAGUGCCCACUCUGAGGUGCAAAACAAUGAUGUGUCGGAGGGGAAGACCGAGCACAGUGCCCACGGUGGCGGCAAAAGCUCCGGGGGAGGCGGAGGGGGCAGCGCCAGGGAGAAACGCAACGGCAAAGUCCACAAGCCGGUCCUGCUGCACCAGAACAGCACAGAGGUGUCGUCCACCAACCAGGUUGAAGUCCCCGACACCACGCAGAACUCCCCUGUCUCCAUCAGCAGCGGCCUCAACAGCGAUCCAGACAUGGCUGACAGCCCCGUGGUGACAGGGAUGAGCCACGUGGCCUCCGUCAUGUCUGGCCUGUCCCAGAGUGUCUUUAUGUCUGAGGUCACUGGCGAUCCCGUGUACAGCAUGUCUCCCACCGGGGGUCCCAACACUCACCUGAUGGGUGCAGAUGCCACCUCACAGGGCUUGGUGCUGUCUGUGACCUCUGAUCGUCACAAGUUUGCCUUCCCCAGUGGAGGAGUGGGGGAACCUGGGACCACCGCAGCAGGAGACAGCCUGUCCAUGUUGACUGCUGCUGGGGUGUCUGAGGAACUGGUGCUCUCCAGCAGUCUAGACGCUGGAGGCAUCAAGAUCCCAGAGACCAAUAUGAACUUUGACCCCGACUGCUUCCUGAACAACCCCAAACAAGGCCAGACAUAUGGAGGCAGUGCAAUGAAGACAGAGGGCAACUCUUCCUCGACCUCAUCUUCCUCUGGUGGCAGCAAUGGCACCAACGGCACUCUCCAGCGCUCCCCCACCAUGUCAGACAAUGCCUACAUCUUCAACUCAGCUUUGGUGAAGAAUAUCAAGACAGAAGACACAUCAUUUGAGCAGCAGCUGGCCACAGAGAGUGGCUACCAGGUGGGGGCAGUAGUGAACUGUGGCAGUGGGGUGGCUGUGGCAUCUGGUGCUGGUUCAGGCCAGGGAAGCCUUAGUCUGACCCCAGGGGGCUCCCUGCUUCCCUCUGGUGGGGGUCUCAGUCCUAGCACUACCCUAGAGCAGAUGGAUUUCAGUGCCAUCGAUGCCAAGCAGGACUAUACUUCCAACACCACCACAGUGAGCUAUGGUCAAGCCAUGUCCAGUCCUCACAUGCAGCACCAGAAUCGUUCCCCCAGCUUCUUCCUCCAGGAUGCCUCUCAGACUGGCCAGCCUCAGCAGGGGAGGCCCGGCAUGGGCCAGAAAACACACUUGAUGGAGCACAACUCUCAUGACUCUGGAGCUUACAUGGGGAUGCAGGUGGUGAAGACAGACACCCCCGGCACUAACGGCCACCUUCACCACCACCACCAGGGCCACCAGACCCAGCACAGGGCCAACUGUAACGGAGGCUCACCCACAGAGGGUCCCGGCCACGCUGGCUCUCUUCAGUUGCUUCAGUACCAGGGGAGCUUUCCUGGACUUGGCACUGAGCACGAGGAGGUGGUGGGUCUAGAGCAGCAAGGCAGCGUGGGCUCAGCCCAGGCUGGAGCCUCUGAGAAUGGAGCAGAGAACAUGCUUAAGCCAGGAGACCACAUUCAGGCCUGUGGGGCAGGAAAUGGAGAGGGAGGGGGUGCAGAGCACUACAUGCAACAGGCUUCGGACGGUAGCGGAGGAGGGAAUGGAGGUGCAGGAGAAGGAGUAGCGAUUCACAAUGGAAACAACAACAACGAUGGCAGCAACCGCUCCCAGCAGCAACAGCAGCUGCAGCCUCUCCUCCAAGGCACAAGCAUGGUCCAGGGACUCUAUAACUCUGUUGGCCCCCAUCAGGGGCUCGGUGGAGGAGCCAGCAACGGAGGAGCAGGGGGGACAGGCAUGGAGAUCAGCUUGGAUCACUUUGACAUCUCUUUUGGAAACCAGUUCUCUGACCUCAUCAAUGACUUCAUCUCAGUGGAUGGCAGUGGUGCCACCAUGUCAGCUGGAGGAGCCUUGUAUGCUCACCAGCUCGUCACGUCCCACAGCUCCGACAGCCAGAACACAGCUGGUGGGCCCCCCCAGCAGGGCCAGGAGGACGGAGGGGCGAGGGGCUCUGGAUACAGCAGCUCCGAGCUCUGCCUUCAAUCCUGCUGCAGUCCCCAGUCUCUGAGCGCAGGGGCCGGAGCAGGGGGAAACACAGAUGCAGGAUCGUUGUCCUACAUGAAUGUAGCGGAGGUGGUCUCUGCAGCUGUAGCGCAGGGGGCUCUGGGGAUGCUUCAGGCCACAGGUCGGCUCUUCAUGGUCACUGACUACUCUCCUGAGUGGUCCUACCCUGAGGGCGGAGUUAAGGUGCUGAUCACCGGGCCAUGGCAAGAGGUCAGCACAAACUACAGCUGUUUAUUUGACCAGAUCUCAGUCCCAGCUUCUCUUAUCCAACCUGGGGUGCUGCGCUGCUACUGCCCAGCUCAUGACACAGGUCUGGUGACACUUCAGGUGGCCGUCAGUAGCCAGAUCAUCUCCAGCUCGGUGGUGUUUGAGUACAAGGCCCGCGCUCUUCCCUCACUGCCAUCAUCUCAGCACGACUGGCUCUCGCUGGAUGAUAACCAGUUCAGAAUGUCUAUCCUGGAGCGCUUGGAGCAGAUGGAGAGGAGGAUGGCGGAGAUGGCCAGCCACCAGCAGCCGAGCAGUGCAGGGAGUGGCGGAGCUGGGGGAGGGACAGGGGGGACAGGGGGAGGUGGCGGAGGAGGUGGAGGAGGUGGAGGCAACCACAGCCAGUCACAGUGUGUGUCUGGCCAGAUUCAAGCAGGCAGCUCUUUUGAGAGCCGCGUGGUGGUGGUCUGUGAGAAGAUGAUGAGCAGAGCUUGCUGGGCCAAGUCCAAACAUUUAAUCCACUCUAAGACCUUCCGAGGCAUGACACUCCUUCACCUGGCUGCAGGCCAGGGAUACGCCACCCUCAUCCAGACACUCAUCAAGUGGCGCACUAAGCAUGCUGAUAGUAUUGAUUUAGAGUUGGAAGUGGACCCUCUGAAUGUGGAUCACUUCUCCUGCACGCCUCUGAUGUGGGCGUGUGCCCUGGGUCACCUGGAGGCAGCAGUGGUCCUGUACAAAUGGGACCGACGUGCCCUCGCUAUCCCAGACUCUCUCGGCCGUCUACCCCUGUCGAUCGCCCGCUCUCGUGGCCACACCAAAUUGGCUGAAUGUCUGGAGCAGCUACAGAGGGAGGAGCAGCAGGUUCCAGCCCCUCUACCACCCGCAGCUCGCAUGUCCUUCUCCCCGGGCCCAGACGCCCCCACCACAGACAGCUGGAUGGUCAGCUGGGCAAACGACAGUGUAGUCGCACCCAGCAGCAAGAAAGGAGGUCCUGCCACCACCACAACCACAUCCAGCACCACCAGCCUCAAUCCAGACCUGAGAAGGCCCAGAUCAGAGCCUUCCAACUACUACAGCAGCGAGGGCCAAAGAGACCUCCCACUAGCUAAAAAACAUAAACCCAACCCAGAACUCUCUCAGACACGGCCGGACAAGGCCAUGUCUGUUCCUCUGAGCCUGGAGCAGCAGCAGUUCCACAAGCUGUCCUCCAGUCCCAAAAGCCUGUCCUCAGAGGGCCUGAGCUCAGACAAGAGCCUGUCCACAGGAGGCUGCACGGGGACAGUCAGAUGGACCUCGAGAGAGAGCUUCUCCAGCAGCGGCUUGGGAAGGAAGACGCCGGGGGUCGGUGGAGGCAGCAGCCUUGGGAAGGAGAAACUGGUCAACCGGUUGCGUCAGCGAGAGCAGCUCGGCAUGCUGGUGAUGGCAGACAGAGAAAUGGCUGAUGCGGAACUGUUAUCCUAUCGGGAGGAUCUAGAGAACCAGGACUGCCUCACACAGAUGGAUGACCUACAGGUGAACAUGAUGACUCUGGCAGAGCACAUCAUCGAGGCCACGCCGGAGAGAAUCAAGAGGGAGAACUUCACCGCUGCCGACUCUGUUCCCUUAGACACGUCGGGGGUCAGCAACACCAUGAACUGGCUGGCCAACUACCUGGGAGAUGUGGAGCAGCUGCCGAGCAUCAUACAUCUGCGAUCUCUUUACAAUGAGCCCCUGACCCCAUCGUCCAACACCAGCCUCAGUCCUGGCGGGUCUCCGCUCAGGGAGACGCCCCUGGAGCGCUCCACACUCCCGUCCCCGGCCGACUGGAGUGAGUUCAUCAAUGCCUCCAACAGCAAGGUGGAGCGAGACCUGGCCCAGCUGACUCUGUCCGAUCCCGAGCAGAGAGAGCUGUACGAGGCCGCCCGCCUCGUCCAAACUGCCUUCCGCAAGUACAAGGGACGGCCGCUCCGAGAGCAACAGGAAGUAGCUGCUGCUGUUAUUCAACGUUGUUACAAGAAGUACAAACAGCUAACAUGGAUAGCCUUGAAGUACGCACUUUAUAAGAAGAUGACGCAGGCCGCCAUCCUUAUCCAGAGUAAAUUUCGCAGCUACCAUGAACAGAAGAAGUUCCAGCAGAGCAGGAGGGCGGCUGUGCUCAUUCAGCAAUACUACCGCAGCUACAAGGAGUUUGGGAGGCUGAAGCCCCACCACCGCGGGGCAGCUGCUGCCCUGGUGCAGCACAAACUGAGAGGUAGUCUGCUCACAAAGAGGCAGGAUCAGGCUGCCAGGAAGAUCAUGAGGUUCCUCCGUCGCUGUCGCCACAGCCCCUUGAUGGACCAUAGACUGUUCAAGCGGGUGAGUGCAGCCUCAGCAACUCAGGUGAAAGAAUUGAAAAGGGCCAGGGAACAUGAGACCCCUCAGACGAGCCCCCUCGCGAUGUGACAUCACUCUCCUGACUCCUCUGUUUUCUUUUUUCGUUUGUACCCAAGACAUUUUACAAGAGAAAUGGGAAUAAAAAAAAAAAAACAUCAAUGCAAGCACUGCAAUUAUUACUACUUCUGCAGUGUUACUGGUUCGACUACUAUUACAUGUACAACAGCAUUUUUUCACAUAUCUUUUCUCUCCACUGACUUGAUUUUGGUCAGAGAGUGGCAACUUCUACGGGAUUAUAAACUCUAAGGGUCGGGGUGGGGGGGGCUUGCAGAACAUUUGCUUCAUGGCAUUUUUUGCACUUUUUUCGUGGAUUGCUUUGUCUUUAUUUGGACGUGAAGAGGUUUUGGACGAUGGAGGGACAUGUCCGAGGAGGUCUGUCACGCGCGAGGACCUGAAGAGACGUGAAUCACGGCUGCUGCAGAAGAUCCCAGAGGUUUUGGGGCGAACACGCAGAAAAACACUCUGGGCUCUAAUCGUAUUUCAUAUUUUUUUAAGUGACCAAUCAUUCGAGGACGGAUUUUUUUCAACCAGAUGUAUUGGUGACCCACGCGCUCAUUUCUACCACUGCUGUAGAUGGUGAUAUUCAAUUUAGCUCCACACUUCCUCCUGUCCCACUGUGCUCUACCCCACCAGUCUGCCCACACGGGUGGAGCUACAAAUGAAUGUAGUCCGGGGUUUGACCAUGCGGAUGCAGAUGGGGUAUAACAUAUUUCUGUUUUGCCAUUUCUUAAAGAAAACCCUAUGCUUUAUGGUAUAUAUCGUCACUUUAUUACUUGAAUUUGCUCCAUACUGUCCGAUGUAUUCGUUCCAUCACGUCUAAUGUAUUGAUGAUCUGUAUCUUCAGACUCUAUGUUGUUGAAUCCUACCAAGAAAAAAAAUGCAUGAAUUCUUGGCGAGAAAAAGUCUUUGCUUGUGUGCUUAUGGUCUAGUCUUUCAGCCUAUCCUAUGAUUUUCCUUUUGGUUCCCACUCUAGUGGCGCACACAUCCAUCUUCUCCUCCAUGAGUUCUGACAUCUCGGUAAUGAAGCUAUCCCUGUAUUUGUCCAUUUUGUUCGAUAGAUUGCUCCUCUCACACCUAACGAGAGAGAAGAACUUGCCUAUUUUGUGUUGUAACGGUUCUGGUCAUGCAGGUUAUUACUGUUCUUUUUAAACGAACUUCAGAGCCUGUGAAGGCUUUUGAGGGGAAGAUCACAUACAUUGCCUUGACGUCUUAGAGAUUCUUUGAGGGGUCCCUAAGCUUGUCCCAAAAUAGGGGUUUGACAAAUCCAUAUUUUUGACAAUUGAGCGAUUUCUGUAUAUAAAGAAGGCUGAAAGUACGUAGGAAAAAACAUUUACCCAAAAGGGAUUGUAUUUUAGAGAUAUAUUAUUUUAUUCAUUAAAAAUGGGUCAAAAACAGGUACGAGACAAAAACAGAAUAUUUGUAUAGUUUUGUUUGAAUGCCUAAGAAGUAUGGUUGUAUUGUUUGUAUAUAGUGUAAAUACCUGGGAUAAAAAUGAGCUAUGUGCAUGAAAAGUAUGAACAGAGUCAAAAGGGAAAAAAAACAACAAAAGCAGUAGUGGCUAUGCUCUGUAAAGUUAAAACUAUUUCACUAUUAGAGUAUUUUAUUUUAUUUUGAUGGUUCUUGAGAAGAACAUUUUGCUAAAGCAUGAUAUUAAUGCAAUAUGAAAAAGUUAAAAAACUGUAUUUAGAGUUAGGAGAAGUCUGCAAAAUUAUCUUUAAAGUACGGUUACGUUUUAUUUAUUUAUUUCUUUCCUUUGUUUUGGGCUACCAAGAAGAUUUUGCCAAUGGUGCCAAGGUAUGUGAAUGCUAUAAUAGCUUAAGAAGAGAAUUAAGUUAAAUUUUUUGCAGAACAGAUAAUCAUACAGUGAAAUACACACUAGCACUAAAGACCAUAAGAUCCCAACUGGCAGAGGAUCAAUAGAUCACUGAGGUACACAGUUUGCAGAGGGAGUCGUCGUGUUUUAGCAGAAAGCAGUUUAAACCUCUCAUGUCCCCCCCCGUCCCCCCGUUCCCACAGACAACUGAAGCAUUUACCAUCACUGAAUUUACCAUAGAUGCAUUUGAGAUUUUAUUUUUUUUUGUUGUCAUUGCAAAGGGAAUGUGACGUGUUUCUGAGAUAUCUUGUCUGAUCUUGAAGAUUGUAAAAGGCAGCCUUGCCCACGGCGUCCCUAUAAAGCAAAUCCACGUUAUUACUCUCUGUCACUGACAGAAAGAUUGAACUCCCCCUCUUUCAAAGCUCCGAUUUAUCCCCGGUCGUUCUAACCCGGGGACCAGAUUUGACUAAUAAAUGUUCUAAUGAAAAGAAACUCCUUGAUCAAGGCUGCCAGGAUUGAAAUGUGACCUUGUUAUUCCAAAAUGAACCAAGUUGAAAAAAGCCAUGUGUAGCGAACUGUGCAUGACUGGAUUUGCAAGCUGAGCAGUCACAGGUGCUAAAGCAGCGUUUGGAGUCGUCGUUCACCUCGAUGCAGGGUCAGUGAUGGCUGUGAUGUACCGGUGCCAUUUAUAAUUGUGAGACCUGCGAUGUGUCUUGUGUGUAGCAGUUCUGAUCGAACCUGUGUAGGGAGACGCACACGCGAGCUGCUGGUCUAGAGGUGCCUGUCGGUUGCUGCCUAUAAUCCUUAAAUAAUAUAUCCCCCAGCAGAACUACCAGAAAGUGUUUUUCUGUAUCCAAGUUACCACCACGUGUGAUAAUUCAGCCAAGUGCCACUGAAAAACAUGAGUCUUCUCUCCCCCCACGUGUUGUCAUGUUUGUUAAAAAAAACGAUUAUUAGGCUCAAUGGUUGUUUCUAAAUUGUUGGCCUGUUUUUCCACUCAUCUGACAUGUGAACUUUAUUUCCUGAGUGUUAAUGUAGAAAGUGCCUAUUCAUAUCCCGACAACACCGAGCUAACGUCCCAACGCGUACGACGUACCCGAGGUCGUGAGGAAUCCCAGAGAACAUGGCCCCCACCCCACAUUCAGUGCUGUAUCUUCUACAUGAACACGCACCGUCACCUCACACUCACCACAAAUACGAAACCCCCCCCCAGUUCACACCAGUAUCAGUGCAGCACUCCAGCUUGUCUACAUGCUACGUUUCUUCUUCUUCUUCUUUUCUGUUUUGUACUGGGAACAGCUCGUUCAAAUCACACUUAGAAAACGCCACUACUGGGGUCUGUUGCCUUUGCGCUCAUCCCCAAGUGCGUGGCAUCGAAUGCAUAGCCGGUGCAAUGUGGUGGCAAAGCGGAGAAGGAUUUAUUAUGCUUGCAUGGGUAAAAUAGUUAACAGGGUGACAGAACUGCACCUAAAGCAUGCUUAUUUUCCUAGAAUCGAUAGUCAGAUAGACUCGUUUAAAAGAAUUGCUGUUCUGUAAAACAAUGGGCGUUGGUUCGACGUGUCACAGAACUCCGAAAGACAGAGGGCCACGUGACUGGAGGGCACAAGCCAACCAUCCACACCCAGUCGCCACUGACGCCUUCAUGGCCGAGCAUGAGGACAGGGUUGUUUUUUUUUUAGAGCUUUUUUCCCCUUUUGGGUUUUUUCUCGAUUCAUUUCGAUUUGAUCAGUGUGCUCCCAACUUCAAACAGGAACAAAUGGACAAGGGGUUGGAGGCCGUUGUUACAGCAUUGACACACGUCACAAACACACACACACAUGCACAAGACGCCACCACGUGACGGACACACACACACGCAGUCACGUCCAGGUGUCAGAUAGGACACUGGGGCGACGGAGGCAGCACCGCUCUCCUCCGGGCCGAGGGGCUGGUUCACCUCCCUUACGUAUUUUACUCAGGGUGCCAAAAUGGGGAGGAGGAAACAGAGCGCGACACGUGACUCACAGCAGGAGAAGCUGAGAAAUGAAACCAAAUGUCUCAGCGACGCUUUUCUGGUGAAGAAAUCUAGGACAGACUGCGAUACCGAAGUCUUUAAGAUGAGUGAAUGUGAAGUUUAAUCCAUUUCCUCUCGGUAUCGCUGAAACGUUACAGACACCGGUGGGAGCCCCGGAUAAAAGAGUCCGGUUAUAUAAAGCUCAUUAAGAUAAAUGAUUUGACGUUCUCCUGUCGAAUCCUCGUAUAACUCCGGCCCGUUCUUCAGGCCUCGAAUUCAUCUAAGUGACAAAGUGUAGAAGGGGGGUUGAGAUUAAGAGCGAAAUUAUACAAAAAAAAGUUCACCUGCAAAAUCUUGUUUUACUGCCAUUUAUGAAUGGGAUGACAGGUUCGCUGAAAGCUGGCUCUCUGCGUUAGUAUACCGCCGACUUCAAGGUGUUCUGUGAAACUGAGAAUCUGCCUUUCCUCCUCUUCUUCUCCCCCCCACCCCACCCCUCCUCGUCCUCCUCCUCCUCCUCCUCCUUAACGCACCCACACCGGAGAAAGGCAGGCACAUCAGGACAACACAAACAGAAACCGUUUUACGACACGUCCCCCUCGUGGGGACACAGAGCAAUAAAGAACUAUUUUGUGGAGACCUAUAGGCCGAGUGAAGUUUCAAAUGAUUGGACACAUGUAGUCGACUUACUCUUAUGCAAAUGCCAGUAUUGCAAGACAAGCAUUCAGUAGUUUAUGGACAGCAAUUAUAUGGCACCCUUUACUGAACUGCACGUUUUUCAUCAAUUCCAAAACCGAGAAGAAAAAAAACAGACCCUGCUUUGAUAGAAAGUUCCGGGUCCUCGACACUUUGCAUGUGAACUAGUGUUAGAUCUAUUUUCCUCUCCUCUAUAGCUGUCUUUCUCUCUGUCUUUCCCUGUUAUGUGACCCAAUUUUUCUCCGCUCCCCAAACCCUGAAACCCCCCCCACCCCCCCUUAAAAACGUUCAUCUCCUCUCGGUUCUCCCUCAAUGUGUCUUUGCGUUACCUCCUUUUUCUUCCCUUCUCCUGUUUGUAAGUUUUAUUUUUUGUAAUUGUGCAUGUACAAGCGUCACUGACUCGAUGGAUAUGUAAAAAAAAAAAGGAAAAAAAAAAAGAUUUCAGCUGCUGAAGCCAUGCAAAACGUUUUGAAUUGCCCUUAAAAUAUGGAAGAUGUUUUCUGAAUGCUUUAUAUUCUUUCUGCUGUAAAAUAAUAAAAAAAUGAAAAAAUGAAGAAAACUCGA